AUGAUCCAAAUCUGGUGCAACGACCGCCUAGGAAGAAAAAUAGCUGUAAAGUGUCUUCCAGAGGACACCAUUUCCGACUUCAAAAAGGUCUUGGCCCUUCAAAUCGGCACUCCAGCUCAAAAGAUAGUUCUUAAGAAAGGGUAUUUGGUGUUCAAGGACCACAUUACGCUCCAAGACUAUGAGAUCAACGAUGGAACCAACCUGGAGUUGUAUUACGCUUAA